UCUGGUGACGUGUAGACUAACUCCCCACCCAUUUUCUUCAUUGCUUUCCUAUAUUCCCUUAUCACACACCCUUUAGAGAGAAGCAACUCCUUGUAGUGUUUUCCAAUCUUUCUUUCACCAAAAAGAUUGUUACAGAGAAAGCAAGAUAGGUAACAGUAUCAACAGAAAAACCCAAGAAGAGAAGAAGAAGUAAUAUUUUGCAGUCAUGAAAGAAAACUCCACCAACAACAAAGCCCUUCUCCAGUCUAGCCAUUCUCAUCACGAAACACAAAGCUCUUCUUCGAAAACUUUUCUUCAAGAAGAUGAUGGUAGCAAGAAUAUAUUUCUUUAUGCAUUGCAUAGUAGCAAGAACAUUAUUGAUUCCCAAUGCACAUCUUCGCGUCCUACUCCGCAUUCUAACGAUCAAGAAACGGCUUUGCAUGGCCUGCCAGUAGGUGAAAUGAACGUUAAAGAAGAGGAGGCUGCUAGUACUGCUGGUGCUUCCAAGGCAUUACUGCAUGAUGAUUGUGGACGUGAAAGAUUGAAGAGACAUAGGGUUGAAGUUGCGGGUAGGGUUUGGAUUCCUGAUAUAUGGGGUCAAGAAGAGCUUCUGAAGGAUUGGAUCGAUUGUUCUGCGUUCGAUGCUCCUCUACUGCCUAACAGGAUUAUGUCUGCUCGAACAGCUUUGGUUGAAGAAGGAAGGAGAGCUACUUCAGGAAGAUUAAGAAUAGAAAACAGGUGUUGAUCAUGAGUUUUAUCAAUUUGUUUUUCCAUUCUGUUCAUGACAAUAUAAUGGAGAAGCUUUCUCAAAAUGCUCCACUGAGAUGAGAGAACAAGAAUACCCAUUGAUCAUUAAUUACCUCUUUUCAUGAUUGUGAGAUUAUUUGUGGCUGCUUCUGUUUCAAGAAUGAUAUCAUGAAUUUGAGUAAUAGUCAUUUUUUUA